AACCAUCGUGGAGUCAUGAGGUGUAUUUCUGUCGCUCCAGCCAAGGCGGUGCGGUUUUGAGUGUGAGUCAGUGAGGCUGGUUUUUUUGGACACACAAGACUCGCCGAGCCUUCCUUGAAAGUGAGCGAGACAGAGAGAAGAGAAAAAAGAAAAGCGCAAAUCUCUCCCGCAAUCAACUUAUUAUAUCACAGUGAUUUCGUGUGAGCAGCAGUGAAAAUAUAGUUUUAAGCCUUUUUUUCUCUCUCUCUCUCUGGACUUUAUUAAAACCUUAAAGAGCAAAUCACGCAAUUUCGCUGCCGUGGAGUUUCUCAAAUGUGUGUGAUUUUUAGUGGAAAUUGACUAAAAGGCAUCUAAUUGCACGUACACAUUUUUACUGAUUAAAUUAUAUUCGCCAAUUAGCGUGGCUGCAUUCGAGUGAAUUCGCUGUGUGCAGAUUAUAAAUGAAAUCAUAGACAUUUCAAGACCUCGCAUGGACCGAGAGUGAGGUGGAUUGCAAGAGAGGCAUUACUGGUGGAUGAGAUUGUGAAAAUUUUAUGUGUGCAGGAAUUUCACUCUGGAAAUUUAAUGCUGCGCUCUCUCGAGAUGCUUUGAGUAUGAUUUGAAAUUAUUGUAGACAUUUUGUGGAUUCCACGAGCUUGAGAGAGAAAUUUCUUUUUCAACAAAACCCAUCCCAACAUUUUCGGUUAGUGUGUCAAGACAGAUGAUUGAAAUUUAAAGCAACGCGCGAUGGCAAAGAGACAUUUCACCUGAGAGCGAGAGACUCUAGCUCAUGGUCUAUUGCUUGGGAGAUUUUCUCAUUAGGUGCGUGCUGUGCGUUGAUUUCAUAACAUAUCUCCUCUGAGUUGGAGAGUGUGUGUGCUUUUUCGGGGAUUGGCAGCGCGAAGAACAGAAAAAAGACCCCAGAGAGUUGGGAAACAGCGACUGACAGAGAUAGAUUAGAUGAGAAGUUGUGUGGACUUGCGGUGGUUAUUCAACAAAUCAGAUUAAGAGCCAGUGUGUGAUAUAAGUGGAGAUGAGGUCCUAAGCUGGAUGCCUGAUCUCAACUAUCCUGGACUAGACAAGGUGGCCCUGCAAACUGACACUGUCGAGCGCCGUUGGGUGCGUCAAGCCGUGAUGGGUGUUCUCAGGUGGCGAGAUUUGCCCGGAUCCCGGAAUUCCGUGGGCUCCCGGACAUCGAUUGAGACUUCCCGGGAGGAGCGAGUGCCCAACCCACACAGCUCGGCGGACAGCCAGAGCCUCCCCAGUCAACAGUCGAGCGGCUAUCGCACCCUCCGGCACUCCCUGAGCACGUCCUCGAGCUCCACGCCGGCCUCGCCGCAGCUCCCGUCUCACCACCCCGUGCACACCUACCAGUCGCAGUCCAGCGUGUCCUCGCAGGCGUCCUCGGUGGCGCCGCCGCCCUCGCAGCGCCUCCUCGAGGACACGUUGGCCAAGGGAGCGCCCUACCCCAUGAUCGUCCUACCCGGCAGCGGCGGCUACUGGCUAGACGGCACUGACCAUGAGUGCGCCUUCGACCAGCACGGAAAUCCCGUCCUGGCGCACAAUGCGUGGCGUGCCAAGUUCGAGACCGACGACACGGCCAAAUGCUACAGGCGCUUCUUCAUCGGCCGUGAGCACUCGAAUCUCGUGGGCCACGAUGAGGCUCUCGGCCCGGUGCUGAUGAGCAUCAAGGCGGAGAAUGUGGCGAAUCAGGAGCACGUGCGCAUCCUGUUGCGACUGCAAUCGGGCACUAUGCACGAGAUCAUCCCCACGUCCUGCCUCAUGCCCCACCCGUCGCCCAUUCGCAUGGCCAAGCUGCUCAACGAGCAGAUCAACGUGGACAAUCUGACGCCCAUCCUCUGUCCCAAAGCCUCCACGUCCAUUGCCAGCUACGACGAGCACGUGCUGGUCAGCAACUUCAAGUUCGGCGUGCUGUACCAGAGGCACGGCCAGACGGCCGAGGAGGAGCUCUUCGGGAACAACACGUCGUCACCGGCGUUCGAGGAGUUCCUGGACACUCUCGGGCAGAGGAUUAAGCUCAGAGAGCACAAAGGCUACCGCGGCGGAUUGGAUAUCCAGAACGGUCACACGGGCGACACAGCAGUUUACGAGGUGUUCAAGGACCGCGAGAUAAUGUUUCACGUGUCCACGCUUCUGCCCUUCACGGAGGGUGAUCCGCAGCAGCUGCAGCGCAAGCGACACAUCGGCAACGACAUUGUGGCUAUCGUGUUCCAAGAAUCCAACACCCCCUUUUCGCCCGACAUGAUUGCCAGUCACUUCCUGCACGCGUUCAUUGUGAUCCAGCCGCUGGAGCCGAACACGCCCAACACGCGCUACAAGGUCUCCGUGACGGCACGCGACGAUGUGCCCUUCUUCGGGCCUACACUGCCCAAUCCGGCGGUGUUCCGGAAGGGGCCCGAGUUCACAGAGUUCCUGCUCACGAAGCUGAUCAACGCCGAGAAUGCCUGCUACAAGGCGGAUAAGUUUGCCAAGCUGGAGCUGAGGACGCGUUCGUCACUGCUGCAGAAUCUCGUGAUGGAGUUGAGGGAGAAGACCAGGGAUUUCCUGGGAAUGGACAUUUCGCCCUCAUGUGGCAACAUGAGUCCCUCGCCAGACACCUCCAAGUCUGACAGUGGGAAUGCCGGCAGUCGCUUUAUAGACACGGUGAAGAAGGCCCUCAACUCCAGGCUGAGGUCGCAGAGCGUGGACACGAGCACUGUGGACAAGGCUCAGGGUGUCCAGGCGGGAUUUGGUACUGGGAAGAAGGCCAAAGACUCGGAUAGCUCCACGGGAAGUAUGACGAGGACUCUGUCCAAGUCCAAUACGGGCUCUAUUAAGAAGUCUCCUGAGGGGUCAAUCGCCUCCUCACCGGACAUCACCUCGCGAGGCCCCAUCAACAACAAUCACAUCAGCAGCAACAACAACAGCGCUCAGGCGAACGGAAACGGGAAUGGACCCGCCAUGUCGGAGACCAGCGACGAUUCCAGCCUCAACAGCGUCGACCUGGAUCCAAUGGCCUUCCAGAACAUCGACGGAGGAGCCACUUAUAUCGACAGCGACACAGGACUGGAGUCCAUGUCCUCGGCAGAGGCCACCACGAAGGCGUGCUCACUGUGCCUGGACGGAGUGUCGCCCGGAAACCUGCUGGCCGGACCGGCAGAAGCCAUGCAACAGGUGGAGAAUCUGAGGCAAGAAGUGACUCGCCUCAAGUGCGAUAAGCUUGAUUUGUUGCGUCAGAAUGUGAAUUGCCAGCGAGACAUUAAGAGGCUACGCGAGCGAGAAUUGUCACUCCAAGGCGACUUGGCGGCCGCCGGAAAGGAGAUUCUUCGCCUGAGAGACUUAUUGAAGGAGUACAUGCCAAAUUCUGUGGCGGAUCCACAUUCCAUCUCGCCCAUAUAAUUUCUAAAGUGGAAUUUUCAGUGUUAAGAGGGAAAGAAAGAUGAUUGGAAGAACGGUAGAACACUAAAAACAGUGCUUAAAUCAUGGUUAAAAAUGAUAUAAAAUGCAUAAAUGUCAAUUAACUGUUUAGAUGAUGAAUUAGAUAUGUUUCCCGUUGAUGAGAAAAUUUAUAUAAGCAUUUAGAGAAGGGCAAAGGGAGGAAGCAUAACUUCUGUGCAAUAAGAUUUUAUAUAGAAUCUUAAGGGAGAAAAAGUAUUUUAGAAGAGAAGAUAUAAUGAACUACAGUUUGACCACCUUUAUCGUCAAUUCUAUCUGAGAGCUUAAGAAAAUGUCUAUAUUUUGAAUUUGAGAAAAUAUACUAUUCUUAGCCCUAAAGGUAUAGAGAAUCCAAAUAUUACAUGUUAACUGAUAUUUUACAAUGAAAUCUGAUUGGACGAAUGAAUGAGUCUAUAAUAAUAAUAUUUACCUAUAGAUAAGUGACUAAUGAAUUUUCACGAUGAUCGUAGAAAUUUCUAAGCAGAAUUUACCCACUAAAUUAAUUUAGAGAGGAAAAGGGGAGAAAACCUUUACUGCAAACCGACAAUUUUUCACACCAAUUUCACACUAUAUUUACGAAAUACUAUAAAGCCUAUUUAAAAUUAGUUAAGGAUGACAAGUGAAUUGAAUUUUAAGGAAAAUCAUGCACAUUUUUAGUAAUUAUAUUAUAUUGUUACAUGUAUGAAAUAAGAGACACUCUCUUUGUGUGUUGACAAAGCAAGGAAGAGAAAAUUGAGAAGGAAAUCAAAUGAGAAACCAAAGUUUAACAAGAAAAUGAUUGAAAAAGAGUACAAGAUUUAUCAAUGUUUAUGGUGUUUGGUGGCUUUUCUCUCUCUUGCAAAAUAAACCAAUAUUCUUUACAUAUGAAUUACAUCAUCUGAAAUAAGAAGCUCACAUUUGGGGAGAGGCACUUUUUACCAGAAAACUUGAUGACUCCCAAUUUCAGGAGGUGAAAGAAAAGAGAGAAUAGUAGAGAGGAAAUAUCUAUAGAGAUCUUGUAUUAAUUGUUUCACAAAAAUUCUAAUAAAAACCAUGAAA